AUGCACCACCAUGCCCUGAUCGAGCCUACCGCCAGCUACGUCGCCCACGGCGCUUCGGGCGCCCCCAUCUGGAGCCUCAUCAAGGUCACGGCAUCCUCCAUCAUCGAGGUCGUCAUCCUUAGCUUCGUCGGCUACGUCCUCGCCCGCAGAGGCAUCAUCGACAAAAAGACUCAGACGAAAAUCAACAAGCUCAACGUCUCUUUCUUCACGCCAGCGCUGCUCUUCUCCAAAGUAGCCUUCACGCUCAACCCGGCGCGGCUGGCCGAGCUCAUCAUCGUGCCGCUGGGCUGGGUCAUUGUCACGGCCGUCUCCACCUUCAGCGCCCUUCUUCUGUCCUGGAUCGCCGGCCUCUCGCCGGCCCACCGCAACUUCGCCGUCGCGUGCGCCAUUUCACCCAACUCAAACUCGCUCCCGGUCGCCCUGAUGCAGUCGCUCGUCAUCACGGUGCCCCAGCUUCACUGGGACGAGGAAGGCGAGCCAGAGGACACCGUCGACGGCAUGCUCGGCCGAGCACUCACCUACCUUGUCCUCUUUAGCACGCUCGGCAUGUUUUUGAGGUGGAGCAUCGGUGCCAAGCUCCUCAGCACCGUCGAGUCCAGCGGAGACGCCGCUGCCGCCGAAGAGGAGCGCCGACGCUCGGACCCCAACGCGUACCGUGACGAGCCCCAGCGGGCCGAUGGCCAGCUGGUCGAUUACGGUCAGGAUGAUCAGGCAGGACCGACGGCAGAGUCCGCCCGGACCACGCCGCACAUCACUCUGCGUCGACCCACGGGAGAGGUUCGUCCGCAGAGGAAGCGCACCGGGCCUCCCGCCUGGGCUCGCAGCUUCCCAAACUCGCCCAGUCAGAUGGCCAGCGAGGGCGACCAAGAGGUCGAGGACAUCGACUGCGACGACGAGACGAUUGCAGCCGAGGGUCCCAUCACGCUAAACAACGGUCGCAGCCAGCGAUCCUGUUGGACACGAUUCAGGACCGGUACCGGCCGCGCUUUCCGCAGGUUUGUCGUCCACCCGUUCAAGGUGAUUGGCAGCUUCAUGACUGCACCGCUUUAUGCGGCCAUCAUCAGUCUCGUCGUCGCCCUGAUUGGACCCUUGCAGAAGUUCAUCGACUCCCUCGAGCCGGUCGUCGGUGCGCUCGAGACUGCCGGUGCUUGCAGCAUCCCGCUGACGAUGGUGGUGCUCGGAGCCUACUUCCACGCCGACGCCUCGGCCGUCGCCGAGAGCAAGGGAAGCGUCUCCACGUCUGCACCGCCCGUGGCGCCGGCCGGUGAUGGCCCCGCCGACGCUCAAGGUCCCGAGCCCGACAAGGACGGCUUUGCCCCUCACAGACCCUCCGACAGCAACGGCUCCAGCUCCCGAACCGUGUCGCAGCUCAUCGAUGACAGCAGCGACGACUUCUCGCACGACCCCUGGCGCAGGGGGUCGGUGGAUGGAUCCUCCUCGAGUGCAGACUCGACGCUGGUGCAAAAGGAUCCCGCCCGGCGCAAGGGCAUCUCGAGCUGGAUCACCAAGAACCCUUGGAACAGCGGCAGCAGCAGCGCCUCGAGCUCCGGUGCCGGCGACCUCGAGAACGGCCGCAUGGUCGAUGAGCCGAGGUCGAUGUCGUCCAACGAACCAGAGGCGCCCAGUUACGCCGAUGUCGCGAGCCGCAACGCCGACCUCAACGCGCGCAACGGCGCUGGCCGGCGCGCCGGCGCGGCGAGCAAGAAGGAAAGCAAGGAGAAGCAGCAGGCCAAGAUGGAGAAUCGCACCGUUGCCGUCUCGAUCGCCUCGAGGAUGAUCCUGACACCCCUCAUCCUGCUGCCCAUCGCAGCGUGGUACGCCAUCGCAACGAGGUACAAUGUCAUGGACGACCCGGUCUUCAUCACCUGCGCAUGCCUCAUCAUUGGCAGCCCGCCUGCGCUGACCCUGGCGCAGAUCACCAGCCAGAGCGCCAACGGCAACAGCGGCUUCGAGCGCCUCAUCAGCCGGACCAUCUUCGUCAGCUACGCUGUCCUGGCGGCGCCCACCACCAUCGCCCUCGUCCUCACAGCGCUCCUCAUCGCCGAAAACGACCAUUAG